CAGUCUGGUCGGCGGCGCCUCCUGACUGACCUGGCGGCGGCGGCUCCAGCUGACUGGGGCGCCGCGGCGGACGAGCCGGCCGGCUGAAGCCCGUGGGGCAGGUCACCAUGUGGCAGCACUAGCGUGCACGGAGCUUCAUGUCUGUGUUGGAAGAUGGCAGAGGGAAACAACGAGGAGGUGAUUCACCUGAACAACUUCCACUGCCAUCGGGGACAAGACUGGAUCAGCCUUCGCGAUGGCCCCAUCACCAUCUCUGACUCCUCUGAUGAGGAAGGGAUGCCCACCCUGGCCACCCCAGCACCUCAGCGACAGGAAGAAGAGGACUUGGAUGAUGACGUCAUCCUGACGGAAACAAAGAAACCUCAGACACCACGACCCAAUCUCAUCAAACCUGCUGCUCAGUGGCAAGACCUGAAAAGGUUGGGAGAAGAGAGGCCUGCGAAGUCGAGAGCAGCGUGUGAAUCCGGGAAGAGCACCUGCUUCGCCGUGUGCCACAAGCCACCGUGUCUUCCCGGGAGACGGGAGCAGGCUGAGGGUGACUGUGGGGAGUUUCUGCGUCUCGGGCCUCCUGCGAUGCCUGGGUUUGCUAAACCAAGAGGUCAGAGAGAACCUAGACCUGGACCAAGUCAUAAGCAAGCGGCAAGGAACACGUUCAAGCCCAGAUCAGAUCAGAAGAUCAUUGUCUUGCAGGAGAACAGCCUUCUUUUCCCAGCAGGUGAUCCUUUGCAAACUACAAACCAGUUAUUGGAAGACUCUGAGCCAGACCUUUUAUCAAAUCUUGGAGAGUCGGCUGGUGUGGUCGACGAUCAGAUCAUUGAAGAGGAUUGCUGGCUGCACCACCCGUACCUCCAGUCUCUGCACCAGCAGCCCCUUGACAUAACCAACCAGGUUGUUCCGCAGGAGCGACAGCGGGAGGCAGAGCUAGGCCUUCUGUUGUUCCAGCACGAACUCCCAGGGCCAGCUUUUCCAAGGCCAGAGCCCCAGCAGGACGGGAUUCCGGGCCCUGCUUCCCCUCAGGCUGCCCAUCCUCUGGGAGAACUUGAAGAGCAACAGUUAGCGAUCGAAGAUGAAGAGCCAGGGCCAGCCUUCCCACUGCGACGAUCUCAGGACACCAAUUUCAAAAAUCCGUGGGGACAGGAAGCUGCUGAAGUGGAUCAAGAACUUGUUGCACUACUAGUAAAAGAAACAGAAGCAAGAUUUCCAGAUGUAGCAAAUGGAUAUAUUGAAGAAAUAAUUCAUUUGAAGAAUUAUUAUGAUUUGAAUGUACUUUGCAAUUUUCUGCUGGAAAAUCCAGAUUAUCCAAAGAGAGAAGAUCGAGUCAUUGUGAAUCCCAGCAGCAGCCUGCUUGCCAGCCCGGAUGAGACAAAGCUGCCUAAAGUGGACUUUUUUGACUAUUCCAAAUUGGUUCCUCUUGACCAGCGCUGCUUCAUCCAAGCUGCCGACCUGCUGAUGGCUGACUUCAAGAUGCUCAGCAGUCAGGACAUCAAGUGGGCCCUGCACGAGCUCAAGGGACACUAUGCAAUCACCCGCAAGGCCUUUUCUGAUGCCAUUAAAAAAUGGCAGGAACUAUCACCAGAAUCCAGUGGAAAAAGGAAAAAGAGAAAAGAAAUGAAUCAAUUUUCUUACAUAGAUUUCAAGUUUGAACAAGGUGACAUAAAAAUAGAAAAGAGGAUGUUCUUCCUGGAAAACAAGCGGCGACACUGUAGGUCCUAUGACCGGCGUGCCUUGCUUCCAGCCGUGCAGCAGGAGCAGGAGUUCUAUGAGCAGAAGGUCAAGGAGAUGGCCGAGCAUGAAGAUUUUCUGCUUGCCCUGCAGAUGAAUGAAGAACAGUAUCAGAAGGACGGCCAGCUGAUCGAGUGCCGCUGCUGCUAUGGGGAGUUCCCCUUCGAGGAGCUGACCCAGUGUGCAGAUGCUCACUUGUUCUGCAAAGAGUGUCUCAUCAGAUACGCCCAGGAGGCAGUCUUCGGGGCCGGAAAGUCGGAGCUCAGCUGCAUGGAAGGCAGCUGCACAUGCUCGUUCCCGACCAGUGAGCUGGAGAAGGUGCUGCCGCAGACCAUCCUGUGCAAGUACUACGAGCGGCGAGCUGAGGAGGAGGUCGCGGCGGCCUACGCCGACGAGCUGGUCAGGUGCCCCUCCUGUAGCUUCCCUGCUCUGCUGGACAGCGACGUGAAGAGGUUCAGCUGUCCUAACCCACGCUGCCGAAAGGAAACUUGUAGAAAGUGCCAAGGGCUCUGGAAAGAACACAACGGCCUCACCUGUGAAGAGCUGGCCGAGAAGGACGACAUCAAGUACAGGACAUCUAUAGAGGAGAGAAUGACCGCCGCCCGCAUUAGAAAAUGCCACAAGUGUGGGACCGGCCUCAUCAAGUCCGAGGGCUGCAACCGCAUGUCCUGCCGCUGCGGUGCCCAGAUGUGCUACCUCUGCCGAGUGCCCAUCAGUGGGUACGACCACUUCUGUCAGCACCCACGCUCGCCAGGAGCGCCUUGCCAGGAGUGUUCCAGGUGCUCCCUCUGGACUGACCCCACUGAGGAUGACGAGAAGCUCAUUGAGGAAAUCCAGAAGGAGGCUGAGGAAGAGCAGAAAAGGAAGAAUGGAGAGAACACAUUCAAACGCAUCGGGCCCCCGCUGGAGAAGCCCCCUGAGAAGGUGCAGAGAAUGGAGGCCCUGCCACGGCCCGUCCCGCAGAACCUGCACCAGCCGCAUAUGCCACCCUACGCCUUCGUGCACCCGCCCUUCCCACUGCCACCCGUCAGGCCCAUGUUCAACAACUUCCCACUCAACAUGGGACCCAUCCCGGCACCCUACGUGCCCCCUCUGCCCAAUAUGAGGGUCAACUAUGACUUUGGCCCCAUUCAUUUGCCCCUGGAGCACAACCUGCCCAUGCACUUUGGUCCCCAGCCACGGCAUCGCUUCUGACCCGGAGCUCCCGCCACCACUGGGCAGCCAUGGAGUCGGCGGGGGUGGAUUUUGGAUGGAGAAUCCCCCAAGGACUAAUGGUUCUGCCCAUGCCUUCAGUAGGAUGGUGGGGUGGACUCCUUUUAUUCCUGCACCUUUUUUGAGAUGGGCCCCUGCCCCUCGAGUGGCACCGCGGGCCGGUGCCCUCCGGGUGCCUCAAACAGGACUGCUCUGGCACUUGGAGGACCCAGGAGAAAGAGGCAGCAAAGCCCUCUUCCCCAAGAGCUCCACCAUGUUGACAGGCGACACGUGGCCGUGGCUGAGGUAGGCCAUUCCUCACACCCCUGCAGGGGGAGAUGAGAAAAGCAUUGUCCGUUUGCCUGUUCCCCUUUUCCCAGCACGCACAAGGGCAGCCUCACAGAGCUGGACACCACGUAGGCCUUCGUUCCUAUAGCGUAGUCCAAACCCUAGUCCAGCGAAGCAACAGGUGACACAAGUCGGGAGAGACCAGCCAAGCAGGACCACCGUUCUGGCCCAGGAUGCAGUGCUGGGGUGCAGGGUGUGGGGUUGUUGGCGCUGCCACACGGCCAUUCAGGGUCCCCUCUGAUCAGCCAGUAAUGAAGAACCGUGCCACGUCAUCUCUGUCGUUUACCUGAAGAAGUGUCUGUCCUGUUUUUCCACUUGGUCUGGGUUUUCCGUGCCCUGCUAACCUUCCCUUCGGGCUCUGCAGAGUCAGACUAAGAAUGUUACCCCAUGCCAGGCCUCUCCUGAGGGCUGCCUGGUCCUGCAGCUGUGGCUGGACUGAAGAUCCUUAGGAGGUAGCUUCACUCCCCAGCAGGAUCCAGGCAGCUCCGUCCUCCCUCCCAUGUCCACUCAGGUAGAAGGGCCCGCAGAGUGUCAGCUCUUGGCCUGCACGCAGCCCCAGUGUGAGACAGUUCCCAGCCUCACCUUCUGUCCAGUUUGUCUUGAGCCAUUCUUGAGCCCUUGCUGUGGCCAUCUGCUGGAAAGAGGUUCAGAGCUGCCAGCUGUUCAGCUGAGGGGAGCCCUUGUGGCAGCACAGGUCACCUUCUUAAUCUGUGUCACCUGCCCUGGCCCUCCGGCUGGAGUGACCUGGACGUGUGGACCAACAACUCCUCAGAUGUCGCUUGGGGAUCUGAGUGGAGGCAUAAUCCAAGAUGCCCGUUCUUUCUGCCUUUCCUCAGGAUGAAGGCUUUGAAGACAGGUGGUCACCAGGGCCUGGGGUGGGGACAGCCUGCUGCUGUCUCCCGCCAAGCCCGGCCUCGGGCCACCUGAGCUUUGUUCCUAGCCUGAAUGACAGUGCCUUGGAAAGGCGGGCUCCAUGGGCCAUCCCUCUGCUUCCUCCAGGGAGGGCCUCUGAGGGCGGGGCACAGCAGUCAGCCUGCCGGAUGGCACGGUGACCCCACGCCUCCCUUCAUCCAUCCCCUCAUGGGCCUCUUAAGCAAGCCCACUGACCUAGGAGAUGGGCUCCAUCACGGGCCCGGGGCAGGACAGGGAACAGGCUGCUGCCAAGGCAGGCAGAGGCCUAGGCGAUGCCCCCAAAGGCUGAGCCAGUGUCCCAGCUGCUUGGAAGGAGGCAGUGCCCUUCUCCAUCCAGGGCACCUGCUUGCAGAGUGCAGCAAGGCCUGGAGUGGGCACUUGAGGCUUCAGACCCCUGCGUUUCCUGAAGCAGGGUCCAGGGAGAAGAGGGACUGGAGUCUGGCCAGCAGGCAGUCCUGUUUUACUUGCCUUAAAACUGGAGAGGAACCUAGUAUUUGCACUUAGCAAAUGAUUGAAAAACAGGAAAAGUGUGCAUGAUUUGUCACUUUGUAUAAAAAUGAUUAGCUCAUUCCAUUCUGUUCAUUACCUUCAGGUAGCAAAAAUAAAAUAGUUCUGUUCAAACUACUGUGUAAGAAGCCUGUAUCAUAUGUAACUUGCACUUUUUGUAAAUAAAUGUUUGUGCGCUCUUGUU